AUGGUUCUAGGUCUGGUUUGUCAGACGUGUGAGACAGUCCCUGUGGAUGGUCUGAGAUUCGGGGACAUCCUGCCUCGAGCAGAGCGGCCCUCGGGGAGAGCGCUGCACAGAGAGAGCAUGCAAACAGACACAUACGGCUGCAAUGUUGUGGAGAGUCUUAUUGUGAUCCACACGCUCGGCCUCACAGAGCGGCGGCCGUGGCAGGUCUGCACAGGAGUACCACCGGAGCAGAGCGGGACCCGAACCCAGGCGCUCAUUAGCAGAUGGACGCUGCAUUCUGGUCCGGACACCCCUCCCUCGCCGUCUCCUCGCUGCGGUUUUUUAUCUGGAGAAUGGAGAAGAAGAAGAGAGCCGUGGGGGAAACACUCAGAGACCAAAACAAACAAACCGGAGCUGCAGACAUGUGACAUCACACGGAGAUGCUUCUGUAAUGACACGGUGAGCACAGGGCAGGCGCGGCUGCAGAAUCCUGGGGGUCUUGAGGGGGGGGGGGUCCUGAGGAGCAGGCCAGCGCGGGAUGCCAGCCCUCAGUGGGACGCUCUUCUUUUGGGAGCUGCUUCAGUCCCUUCUGCGCCUCUUCAGGGGGCCGUGCAGUCAGUGCAAGACAGACCCAUCUGCCACAGACCCACCUGCCACAGCCACACCUGCCACAGCCACACCUGCCACAGACGCUCCUGCCCCAGCCACACCUGCCACAGCCGCUCCUUCCCCAGCCACACCUGCCACAGCCGCUCCUUCCCCAGCCACACCUGCCACAGCCGCUCCUUCCCCAGCCACACCUGCCCCAGCCACACCUGCCCCAGCCACAACCACACCUGCCACAGACGCUCCUGCCCCAGCCACACCUGCCACAGACGCUCCUGCCACAGACGCUCCUGCCCCAGCCACACCUGCCACAGACGCUCCUGCCACAGACGCUCCUGCCCCAGCCACACCUGCCUCAGCCACACCUGCCACAGACGCUCCUGCCACAGACGCUCCUGCCACAGACGCUCCUGCCCCAGCCACACCUGCCACAGACGCUCCUGCCACAGACGCUCCUGCCCCAGCCACACCUGCCACAGACGCUCCUGCCACAGCCGCUCCUUCCCCAGCCACACCUGCCCCAGCCACACCUGCCCCAGCCACACCUGCCACAGCCGCUCCUGCCCCAGCCACACCUGCCACAGCCGCUCCUGCCCCAGCCACACCUGCCUCAGCCACAGCCACACCUGCCACAGACGCUCCUGCCCCAGCCACACCUGCCACAGACGCUCCUGCCACAGACGCUCCUGCCCCAGCCACACCUGCCACAGACGCUCCUGCCACAGACGCUCCUGCCCCAGCCACACCUGCCUCAGCCACACCUGCCACAGACGCUCCUGCCACAGACGCUCCUGCCCCAGCCACACCUGCCACAGACGCUCCUGCCACAGCCGCUCCUUCCCCAGCCACACCUGCCCCAGCCACACCUGCCCCUUGUUUACAGUCCACAGACGCUGCGGUGCCACAGACGCUCCAGUGCCACAGACGCUCCAGUGCCACAGACGCUCCAGUGCCACAGACGCUCCAGUGCCACAGACGCUCCAGUGCCACAGACGCUGCAGUUCCACAGACGCUGCAGUGCCACAGACGCUCCAAUGCCACAGACGCUCCAGUGCCACAGACGCUCCAGUGCCACAGAUGCUCCAGUGCCACAGACGCUCCAGUGCCACAGACGCUGCAGUGCCACAGACGCUCCAGUGCCACAGACGCUGCAGUGCCACAGACGCUCCAGUGCCACAGACGCUGCAGUGCCACAGACGCUCCAGUGCCACAGACGCUCCAGUGCCACAGACGCUGCAGUGCCACAGACGCUCCAGUGCCACAGACGCUCCAGUGCCACAGACGCUGCAGUGCCACAGACGCUCCAGUGCCACAGACGCUGCAGUGCCACAGACGCUCCAGUGCCACAGACGCUGCUUUGUCUCCAGUGAAAGGGAUGUCCGUGGGUCCGUCAUGAGCUUCCACAUCUCUGUACGUGCACGAGGGCGUGUGCACGAGGAGCGUGUGCACGAGGAGCGUGUGCACGAGGAGCGUGUGCACGAGGAGCGUGUGCACGAGGAGCGUGUGCACGGCUCCAGCUUGAUCCUGACAUUGUUUGUUAAAAUGGCCUUGUUUCUGCGGCUGUUUCCUGGGAUUUGGCUGAGUGGUCCCCGUCCCAGUGCUGCUCCGGGCCCAGGGCAGACAGGACCCCUCCGGCCCCCCUCCGGCCCCCCUCGGCCCCCCCUCCUAUCGAGCGUGACUGUGAUGCUUGUAUUGUCAGAGGAGUUGGCGGCACUUACCUCCACUUGA